GGCUGUGGUCAGUCUUCCCCUCACUAACUUGGACUGGUUUCAAAUAGCGAGCCGCCUAUAGCUUAACCUUCCAGCCCACCAGACACUCACGCUGCACACUAUUACGGGAUCGAUGAUGCUAUAAAGCGUGGCGCUGUCCUGUCACCUCCACAGGCUUGAAGACAUGAUCACUAGCACCAGUAUUUAUGGUCUAAAGAUGCAGUGGACCCCAGAGCACACACAAUGGGCAGAACAACACUUUGACAUCUCGUCCACCACCCGCUCCCCUGCACACAAAGUGGAGGCCUACCGGGGGCACUUACAGCGAACCUACCAGUAUGCUUGGGCCAACGACGACAUCUCUGCACUGACUGCCUCCAAUCUGCUAAAGAAGUAUGCAGAGAAGUACUCUGGGAUCCUAGAGGGCCCACAUGAAAGAGCCCUGCUGUGUUCCUACUCUGAUAGCACCACCGGACUCAUGAAUGGACGAAAGUCAGAGAAUGAAUCCUGGCAGGAGGGGAUUUACCCAAUGAACUGUGCUCCAGAUGUUAUAUCUGUGAGCAAAGCUGGAAUGACAGCUGCCCUACCCCCUACAGAUGUGUCUGCUAGCAUAGGCAGCUCCCCAGGGGUGGCAAGCAGCUUGUCUGAGCCGAGUUAUUCCAGCAGUAACUGUGGGAGCCACACAGCCACUACUCUCCACUCGGGCCUCUCCUCUCAGGAAUAUACUGCCAGCUACAAUGGCUCCUACCUGCAUUCUAGCUACAGCAGCCAGAGUACCCCAGCCCUCCCCUCCCCACACCCCUCGCCUUUGCACAGUGCUGGGCUCUUACAACCGCCUCCCCCGCCUCCUCCCCCAACCUUAGUGCCGAGCUACAACACUGGGUCUCCAAACCUUCCCAACUACAAUUAUCCUCCAACAGGGUAUCCUUCUCAGACUGCUGUUGGCCCUGGUUAUAGCCCUGGGGGAGCACCCCCUCCUUCUGCUUAUCUGCCGUCCGGCAUUGCAGCUCCUACCCCAAUCCCCCCUUCCACACUGCCUGGCUACACCUACCAGUCCCAUAAUCAUACACCAAUUGCACCAACACCUUUGAAUGGCAGCACUUCCAACUCAUUAAAACGAAAAGCUUUCUACAUGAGUGGACAUGGAGACAUGGACUCCAGCUAUGGUAAUUUUAACUACAACCAACAGCGCUCUUCACAGAGCCCAAUGUACAGAAUAGCAGACAGCAGCCUCUCAGACUCAAACAGGGGCAAUGGCUUUGAUAGAAACCCUGAGGCUUCGUCUUUAGCGUUCAAGCCAACCAAGCAGCCAAUGUCCUCUGAACAACAACGUAAAUUUAUGAUACACUCCGGCAGAGCACUAACUCCUCCAUCCUAUGGAUCAACCAAAAACUCUGUGGGUGAUCUCAGAACUGGUGAGUCCUACAACAAGUUUGGAUCCCCAAUCAUGAGCGAGCAUACUGAAGAGCACAGACAGCACCUCUCCCACUCCUUAACAGGGCCUGACAUUGGUUCGGCUACCUCCUCCAUCCAUGCUGCAGAAGAACAACUGAAAAACAGUGACUCCAACUUGGUGGAGAUGGUGACUACAGAAAUCCUUCAGCAGGGUCCUCCGGUGGACUGGAGUGACAUUGCCGGUCUUGAUAUGGCCAAAGCAUCCAUCAAAGAGGAGAUAUUGUGGCCAAUUCUAAGGCCAGAUAUGUUUAGUGGACUUGCCACAUUACCUCGGAGCCUCCUUUUGUUUGGACCUCAGGGAACUGGUAGAACGCUUCUCGCACACUGCAUGGCCACCCAACUGGGCGCUGCUUUCUUGCGACUCAGCAGCUCAGCUCUGGUGACCAAGUGGCUCGGGGAAGGGGACAAGAUCAUCCAGGCUUCUUUUCUGGUGGCCCGUUGUCGCCAGCCGGCGAUAGUGUUCAUCAGAGAGGUGGACCUGCUGUUGUCAGCCCAGCUCAGCGAGGAGAGUCCAGUUAAUCGCCUCAAGGCUGAGCUCCUCAUGCAGCUUGACAGUAUCCUGACCUCUACUGAGGACCAUAUCCUCGUCGUCUGCUCCACCAACAAGCCUGAAGAGAUCCCUGAGUCCCUACGGAGGUACUUUACCAAGCGACUGCUCAUACCCUUGCCUGAUGGGACGGCACGACACCAGAUGAUCAGCCAACAGCUCUCACAGCACAACUACUGUCUCAGUGACAAAGAGAUGUCACUACUGGUUCAAAGGACAGAGGGCUUUUCAGGACUGGAUGUGACCCAGCUGUGUCAAGAGGCUGCGGUAGGUCCUCUCCAUGGUAUUCCUGGAACGGAUCUGUCAAGUAUUCAUCCCGCUCAGAUGAGACCAGUCUCCUACCAAGACUUUGACAAUGUGUUUUGCAAAUUCCAGCCAAGCAUAUCACAGAAAGAACUUGACAUGUACACGGAGUGGAAUAAAAUGUUUGGUUGUAAUCAAUAAAGGGGACCCAUCUAACAAAAUUUCUUACAAACAGUUGAGUACAAGUAAGUGUUAGUCUUUCAAGCAAAAAAAAAAUAUCAGUGGUUACAUUAAUAUACCAUAUAAAGCAAAGGGAUUGUGCUUUAAGGCUUUAAAAAGGAGAUUGCGGUUUGGAUAUGAAAAAUUGAUUGAAACAACAUGAAAUUAAAUGCUUUAUAUUGCAGUCCCCAUGUACUCACUCAAACUCAAACCAGGGGGAGAAGAUGCCCCUGUUUUUGUAUAUACACAUAUAUAUAAAUAUAAAUACAUACUAUUCUGCUGAUCUUGAGAUUUAGUUGCUAUCAAGUGCCUGAGGUGGUGCUGUCUAAGUUUUUUUUUAAUUUCUUUUUGCCUCACAAUCUCUGUUGGUGACAUGUGCUAAUAUGAAAAAGCUUUAAAAUGAGACAAAAAACUUGCUUUCUCUUUUCCAUUAGAGCAGUGUUCUAUGGCUGUGUCUGUUUUGUGCUCUUUGUGAACAGUGGUGGUUACUUUCAGAUAAAUGACAUUUAUUGACUUAUUUACAGUUGGGCUUUAUUAGCAAACACAGGUUUUAUGUAUGUGUUAAUCCUUCAAUAAAAGAACAUCAUCAUACUUGGUUGCUGUAAUAGCCUCUCCAGUGUGGAUGAAUAAAAAAAUAUAUAUAUAUAACUUUACAAUGUGACUUAAAUUCAAACAAUAAAUUACACUGUUAUUGCUGUUAAAAUAUUGUUACAGUAGGAAAUCACAUUUCCAAGUAAAACCCUACCAUUAUUUCUGUUGAUGUUCUCCAUUUGAAAACUCAGGAAAGUGAUACUGAUAUGUAUAGUACCUCAUUAGCUUGUGUCAAACACACUACAAGAGCAUUUGGCUUGCAUUUGAAAUUCCAUCAACGAACGUAAAAAGGCUAUACAAUACCUCAAAAAGCUCAAGAUGAAAUGUGAAGGUUCCUGCAAUGAAUGUAUAAGAGUGAUUCUACAUUAUGUACAAGACAAAAAAGUAAUUUGUUUGGGUUUUUUUUUUACUUGAGAUUGUGGUGAUGCAAAGCUGAGAAAAUUCAAAAAAGGUGCAGACAAACAUCUCGGGGUUGAGGAAGACAACCGCCCAGAGCUAUUUUUCAUUCCAUCCUGCUGCUGCUUUAUCAUUAAUGAAACAUAAGGAUUAUGUAUAGCCUAAGUUCCUUUCUACCUCAGUUUGUUACUUAUCUCUGAAAGACAAAUUCAAGAAGACAGCAAAAUGUCAGCACCUAUUCUGCUCGUUUGAUGAUGAAACCUUUGGAGGGAACACCAAACAGUGUUUUGUUGUGUGCAAAAUCUAUUAGCUUUACAUUGUGAUGAUAACUCCCAAGAUUUCUAACCACAUAAUGCAUUUAAAGGGGAAUACCACUGAAUAUCAGGUUUGAGACACGUAUGCCUUUGCCUUAGGACAAUAUGGUCUAUAUGAGCUUACACUCAGCGGUGAAUAUUGAUUUCAAUGCCUGUUUUUUCCCCUGUGAUGUCAAAGAGAAAAUCAAAGUGUGGUAGUAUUUGCAGCAAUGCAAAGUUAAGUUUUCCUGCCAUUAAAACAAUUCCAUUAUUAAAUGUAAAGUUUACAGAGGGGUUCGUUUGAGUUUCAGGCUAUAACUGUAACAUUCAUGAAUUUAGUGGCAUUCCUUUUUAAGAACAUUUCUUGAAGGCUUGUCCAAAAUGUUAUUAUCAUACCCAUGUUGUCGUUUUCACGUUUAAAGUGUUGUCUUUAAGUGCAUAUUAAUCACUACUUUCUGCGAUUAAUCAGUACAUUCUCAUUCAGCAUUUUGGCAACGAAAUAAAUCUGGACUGACAGCAGAAUUGGCAAGUUAAAGUGUUACUGAAUGUAUUAUGUCCUCAGAGCAGUAAGGAAAGCAAAGCACUCGCACAAAAAAUGCCCCUGAAGUAGAAAGUACUGUAGGUGUGUUAUACUGCAGAGGCACUAAAAGGACCUUGUGUUUGUUUUUCAAAGGAGUUUCCUUCAUCUUUGUUGCCUACUGAACAUUUAGCAGUUCUGUGCUUUUUUUUUCAAUUAUUGCUGUCCCUGGUUUGCUUUCAUUGACAUUUUUAUAUAAUUUCUAAGUACGUACUCCAGUAAGAAGAUUGGUUCCAGAUCACAUAAAAAUAACAAGUGAAAGUUAAAUCAACCCACUUGGAUUAAAAAGGAAACAUAAUUCCAUAUGUUAUAUUUUAAACAUUCACUAAAAAGAUGCAUCUUCAUGUAACUAAUUUAAAACAGUAUUUGAAAUAUGAAAUCCCAUUCAUGUUUUUUUAAAGAAUGUUUUAUUCUAGAUUAUAUGGAAGUAAAUCCCUCCGAUUAAAACUAUACUAAGUCACCAUUGUUGGAUCACAAGGUUACAUGGUACCACUUUACAAACUUAAUGUUGGCUUCUUUGUUUUUAUUCACGCUAUGCAGAAAUAUUUUUGUUUACGCUGUACACAUUCACUUUAAUCAAUGGGUCCAAUACUAAAUCUUUUCUUACACAAUAAUGUAAUAGCAAGGCUUAAAUCCAAGUUCAAACAUGACUCACAUGUAGUUAUACUUGAUUUAUUUUGAUGGAGUUUUAAAAGACUGUUUUUACUGCUUAAGUGGAGAAGUGUAGAAAAAGAGCAGAAAGCUUCAACAACUUCAGAGCUCCCCUCAAAUAUUGUGUCAUCUAUUUUUGCACUUUGAGGUGUUAAUUGGUGGAAAUGUUACUUGAAGCCAAAGUGGAAGAGCUUUCUUUUCAAUGGGCUUAAUUUUGUGCAGAAAUUGUGUAUUUCAGUGUCUUUAAUUCAACAGUAAGAGCUGUGUCGAUUGGAAUAGGGCAAUUUUACAACACUCUCAUUGGGCAUUGUUAAGUUAUUGUAUUACAUUGUGUAAAAAAAAAAUGACUUUCUCAAUCUGUAUUUAGUUUCAGUUUGAUCCUGUAUGAGUUUAUGAACAGUCAUCUGCCUCUGAAUGGAGGACUAAGAAGAACACGGGUUGCCUGUUCAUCUUUAAAAUGCCAAAAACAGUCAGACAAACUCACAUAAGAUGUGAUAUUGAAGCAUUGUACUUUAACAGCUCCUGUGACUAUGACUGCUCAUUUUAACAAUUUAUUUUGCUCAUUGCAAGAAUUUUUGACAAGAAGGCGAUAAGAAGCCACAAGUGCCAUUAACCAGCGCAGAAUGGACAAGUUUAAGAGGUCGACUGUUCGUGAACCUGCAGAGAGAUAAUUGUUAAAAAGGGGGAAAUGUUCCACUCACAUUAAGUAGUACUUGUAAUCACUCUGACAACAGGUCUUGACAAUUUAUUUGCUUUUCAAAAAAAGAAAAUCUGCCUUACAGUGCAGUGAAGCACAGUUUAAUACGAGGCACAUGGAAAAGAAGAUACUUUUGUAAUUCAACUAGAUGGAGGAAAGGCUCACAGGAUGUUUUCAUAUGUGGGAAACUGACAGAUUAAUUAUGAGAGGGUGUCAAUUUUACAUUUGAUCAAUAAACGAUCAUUUAUCAGAGCCCAGUGAUGUCGGGGGGAAAAAUGGCCGAAAGUCGCGAAACACUCGAGCAGAACCUCUGAUAAGCACAUGGAGUCUCACAGUGAUGCCAACUUAUUUUGUUUUUCUGGUUCUGUCAAUACUUUUUUUUGUUAUGAACAGCUUAAGGUUUUUGAUGUAGAUUUAUUGUCUGGCAUUCUUUAUAACCAUUUCUACCUCAUUGCUACAUAUUGUACAUGUAGUACUUAUGUCCUGUCAUUUUGAAUGUCAUGCAUUUGUGGAAAAAUGUAAAAAACAAAACAAAACAAAAAACACAAAAAACAAAAAAAUAGAAAAAAGAACAUGCUUGCCCUUGAACCUGAGCAGUUUACCUCAAAAAGACUGUCUUUACACUGUCAAGUACAAAUCACAGAAAAAAGAAGGCACCUUGAGGGCACAUAAGAAGUUAAUCUGCACAUAUUGACCUACAGUUUAUAUACAAUAUCAUGUUUUGAUUCAGUUGUUGUGUGCUGCGUUGGUCUCCUACAAAAGGUCACCGAUGCAAAUCUCCAUUUCCUAAAAAGUAACAAAUUGCUUUAACCCUUUGUUAACUGUUGUAGUGCGCAUGUUAAUGUGUUUAUAUGUGCACUUGCAAGUAUGAAGGGGGAAGAUUAAGAAAUGAAAAAUCUGAGUUUUUACUUUUCAUACCCAUGUACAGAGAAUAAACUUGCACAUAGCUGUACCUAUUGUACAUUUGCUAAUGAUAUACAGCAUACAUACAAACACUGCAGCCACAUACAUGUUAAUAUGUGUGUAUGUAUUGCCAUACAGUACAGUCAAUUUAAAUGUAUUUUGAUUUCAAGGUACAUAAAGGCUAUUAAAAUACUGAAUAAAGAUGUUUUCUUUUUUUUUCCUGAAAACUGGAUGCAUUUUGUACUUUUACUUGAUUAAAUUUGCAAUGGUGUGAUUGA